AUGAAAGUUGUGUUGUUUGUGUGUAUGUUGACCGUGGUCACUGCUGGAGAGGCGGUCAAAGAGGUAAACAACAUCAAUUCCGUCAUUGAGCAACUCCAGGCAAUACAAUCAGAUCUGUUUGGAAUGGACCGCGAGACCAACAAGAAAUUCUCUGACGAUGUCACUGAUUUGUCCAAAACGAACAAUUAUGUUGCUGGUGCGACACAAACUUCACCAACGACGUGGGGUGACAACCAAGGAACAGUUAAAGGACAAACGCUGGACAGAGAAAUCAGAAUAAUGGACAUCAUGUUCAGACUCCUGCAUGGUGAUGACGAAGACAAGUAUGUUGUUUGUACACUGGCUGACGCCGCCGAGACGUCUCAGAUCUCCUUAGACGACAUCAGCACAUCCAAGUAUCAAGACAAACACACCAUCAGACGGCGCUCUAUCGACUGCAAACAAGACGCCCGUUACCGGACAAUGGACGGAAGUUGCAACAAUGCUCGCUGGCCAACAUGGGGAUCCACCAACCAACCAUUCAAGAGAUUUAUUGAUCCUGCAUAUGAUGAUGGCAAGUUCGUUCCCCGAAUGAGAGGCGUUGAUGGUUAUCCCCUUCCCAGUCCACGUGCCAUCAGUGUGGCCGUACAUCCGGGAGUUGACAGUCCUUCUAACGACCACACAGUGAUGGUGAUGCAGUGGGGGCAGUUUGUGGACCAUGAUCUCACCGGAACUCCUCUCCAUGCAGAUACCCGGGAACAGUUGAACCUACUGACGUCCUUCGUGGACGCCUCUAACGUGUACGGCCUCAGUCAGGAUCAGAUCAAUCACCUCAGGAACGGACGUGACGACCGUGUGAACGUGUUCCCUGGUCUGGCCGUGCUACACACCGUGUUUGUCCGAGAACACAACCGUCUUGUCAAAGAACUUGCUGAUGUCAUGCCAUCGACCACUCCUGAUGAUGUCUUGUUUGAGGAGGCCAGAAAGAUCGUGUCAGCCAUCAUCCAACAAGUCACCUACCGCGAAUGGUUGCCCAUUAUUGUUGGGCCCUUGGCCAUGAGGAAGUACAGACUGACCCCUGGCUUCAGCUUCAGGUACAACAUCACCCAAAACCCCACCAUCUACAACGUCUUUGCCACCGCCGCCUUCAGAUACGGCCACUCCACCAUUCCACGUUUCCUUACCCUCGGAGAUCGACAUGUACCAAUAGAACAGCUCUUCAACAGACCUUCUGAAGUCAUCAAAGAUUUGGACACCGUGCUGAAGGCUAUCCUCAAGGACAGACAUCAGGAGGUUAACCGCUUCAUCAACAGUGGGAUGACUGAGCAUUUGUUUGAGACGUCGGGCAAUAACGGCUUUGACAUCGUGUCCUUAAACAUUCAGAGAGGUCGUGACCAUGGCCUGCCAUCAUACAACAACUUCCGCAAGGCAUGCCAGCUAUCGGAAGUGACUUCAUUUGAUGACAGUGUAUUUGGUAAAGCAGGACCUGCUUUGAAAAGUGUAUACAGUUCCCCUGAUGACAUCGACAUAUUUACCGGUGCAGUAGCUGAACAACACUUGCAUGGCGGUGCAGUGGGCCCACUCCUCGCUUGUCUGAUUGGUCAACAGUUUCAUGAUCUGAAAUAUGGCGACUCAUUCUGGUUCGAAACAUCUCAUCCAAGAAAGGGCUUUACAUCAGGACAACUGUCUGAGAUCCGACGAAUGCGCUUUGCCAAAAUUCUUUGUAGGAAUUCAGGAGUGAAGUCCAUCCAAAGAGAUCCUUUUACAGUGUACUCAAAAGAAAGCAAUCCCAUGAUACCCUGCAACGAUCUUCCAACAAUCGAUUUAACCAAAUGGCGGAGAUGAGAAGUUGCUUGGCCUGCCCUUAGGUUCAACAAUGAACCCGAUUACUUGAAACAUAAGAUUUUUUGCAUGUGAGGUGUUCCAACACGUAUAUCCCACACUACUGGUCGUGGUUUGUAAGAUGCAUAAAUCACAGAGUACAUUA